UUAAUACGAGAUUGUUUCUGGAAUAAUUGUAGGGACGCGAGGGUCGCGGCGCGAUCUACGUGUUCGCAGCGGGCAACGGGAAGUCGCUGGGCGACAGCUGUGCGGCAGACGGCUACAUCAACAGUGUGUACACGAUCGCUGUCGCAAGUGCGACCCAGUCGGGCCAGCCGCCCUACUAUGGCGAACGGUGUGCGGCCAUUAUCACUACGGCAUACUCGUCAGGAAAUCGCAACGAGGAACGCAUUUCCCUCGCUGACGUGGCGAUGUGUCCAGCACUUAAUCACGUGGACAUCAGAAGUGGCCGUUCUGGGAGACGACGACAAUUGGCAUAGAAAUGGGGCUGGGUUUUGGGUCAACACCAAUUUCGGAUUUGGUCUGCUGAAUGCCCAUAAUAUGGUGAAACUAGCCAGGCGUUUCAAGCAGGUGCCAGACAAAUCAAUCUGUCAUCUUGAACAUCCCACUAGUGAUUCGAAAUUUGACUUCACGACAUCCAGUAGAGCUCACAUCUUCUUUCAAUCAAAUGGAUGUUCAGGCACUGACAAUGAAAUCAACUAUCUUGAACAUGUGCAGGUGAUAAUCAGCCUGUCCUAUCCGUACCGUGGAGCAGUUGGUAUUUUGCUAGAAUCACCAUCCGGCACCAAGACAGUACUGAUGGAAACACGUCCGCGUGAUAACAGCUCUGUCGGUCUGACCGCGUGGACGCUCACCUCAGUGCAUCAGUGGGGCGAACCGGCGGACGGACGCUGGACGGUCAAGGUCGGAGCCAAGGUCGUCGAAGGUCAAGUUGGAGAGGGGGGACAUUUGGCUGAAUUCAAAUGGGUAUCGCGAUUGCGCAGCAUCGGUUUGGGUCACAUCGCGAUAAUGACCUUGAUGAUGAGGACAUAA